AGCAUGGCACUACUUCAUGAAGUGGACAAGACGGGCCUCUCGAUUCCUCUUGCAAUGUCGUUUAGUCUUAAAGGAGUGUACUACACCCCCAUGUUCGCUGAUCCUUCUGCACCGAAGACGGACGAGUUUCAGUUGUUUAAGCCGUGUACGAGACAUCGGGAACCAUUCUACGAGGACCCGAAAGUGCUGUGCACGCAAAGUGGCUGGAUUUCGAACGGGUCACUGCCUCUGCUAGCCUACAACAUGGGCGAGAAGAAGACAAUUACCUACUUGACCGAGGCAACCAUAGCGCAACUGGCAUGUAACGCGAAGCAGCUUAAUCUGAACCUAAAAUUCUCUCUGGUUGCUUACGACGUGGACUUUGACCAAGCUCCACCGUGCCACCGACUGGGUUUCGCACCGGCUGGCGGCCCCUUCACCCGGAUCAACAAUAUGCGCGAGGUGAUGAACUUCAUACUGACUAGUUACACCAGUGCUAAAGAGAAUUUCAAUUGCCAAUUGGUCGCUAUUUCUAUUGGUUGAAGAAAAAUAAAGAACGCGUGGAUUUAUCGUGCACGGUGGAGAUCUCCGCGUCUCACUCUUCCAAUAA